AUGGACAAAGACUGCGACAUGGUAUAUAAGAACAUCUCUGACCUUUACAAAUCCGAAGAAUUUAAGACCUACGACAACUUUGUUUCAUUAGUUGCAAAAUGUGUUUGGGAAAUAAGAGAUAAAGAUAGUAGGGGUAAGGUAUGGAACGAACAAAUAAGACCCGCUAUGUUCGAGAUGAAGAAAACCAUUGACGCCUUAGUCAUACUAGCAGGUAAGGUUUCAGAAUAUAACGCAAAAAUGAACCCACAAUGUUCUAAAUGUAAAGCAGCAAUGAGGAAAUAUAACUACUCCGUCAAAGAGAUAGAACGUAUGCGAAACGACUAUGCAGAUUUAAAGAAAGAAGCAGAAAAGCCAGCAGAAGAUAAAAUGGACAUGUUGACAUUUCUAAACAAAAACUAUCCAACAGCUGACGAUUUCCUUCUAUCUGACGUCAAGAAGAAAUAUAAAGAAACCUUCGGUAUCGUUAAAACUUUUGACAUACUAAAAGAAGAAAUAGAAGCUACGAAAUUGUUUAGAAUUUCACGAAUUCACAACAUAUACCAUGUAAAACGCUUGUAA